AUGAUGGCUAUGAAAUUGAAAUCCCUGAUAGGAUUAAAUCCUCUCGACAGGCCACUUUUAAUUAUUCCAAAAUUUAAUAAUAUUAACCUAUGUGUAGCUUCGACAUUAGAGCAUUACCUAACUGUUACAUCUACUAUAAUAAACAACAAUGAUUGCCUUUUUCUAACAAUUAAAAAACCUUAUAAAAAAGCAUCAAAAGAUACAAUC